AUGACAUUGUCUAAGAUUCAUGGGCAUUGGGAGUAUUCGUAUCAAAGAAUCUACGAUUUUAAAGAGGAAAUUGUUAGAAGAAAUCCCAGCAGCCACGUGGAGGUAAAGCUGCAAGUGAUUAAUGGAGAGCAUCAUUUUCAGCGAAUUUUUCUUGCAUUUGGUCCAUGCAUACAAGGAUUCCUCAAUGGAUGUAGACCUUAUAUUGCAUUAGAUGGAUGUCAUCUCCAAGAAAAGUAUAGAGGAGUUUUGAUAUCGGCCACAAGUAUUGACGGAAACAAAUCAAUUUUUCCCGUCGUUUUUGGUGCUGUGGAGUCGGAGAACUCGAAUAGUUGGGAAUGGUUUCUUCAUGGGUUGAAGGCAGCUAUAGGAGAAUCCGAAGGCCUAGUAUUCUCCUCAGAUAGACAAAAAGGCUUAGAUGAGGCCGUUCAAGUUGUAUAUCCAAGAGUUGAACAUAGAGAAUGCAUGCGCCAUCUUUAUGCCAAUUUCAAAAAAAAAUUUCGUGGGGACUGCUAUAGAGACAAUCUGUGGGCUGCAGCAGGAGCAUAUACACCUAAUGUUUACGAAACUAGCAUCACUAAGGUGUAUGAAGCAAAUCCAAUGGCUAUUGAAUACUUGCGGCAAAACCAUAGUUAUUUGUGGAGCCGAAGUAAAUUUGGAACGAUGGCUAAGUGUGAUUACUUGACUAACAAUAUUUCUGAAUCAUUCAAUGCAUGGAUAUCCAAUGAUAGGCAUAGACCAUUGAUUGAUAUGCUUGAUACUCUCCGGCAAAAAAUAAUGGUUAAGAUGGAGGAUAGAAGAAAUAGAGCAAGAAAAUGGGAUCAUGAAAUCGGUUUGGGUCAAUAUGAGGUGCUAUGGAGUGAUAAAUUCUCAGCAGAAGUGAUUGGAGCUCAAUCAAGGUUUGAAGUUAGAUUAUAUGAUAUGCAGUGUAGCUGCAGAUUAUGGCAAGUGAAAGUCGCCAAAUAUAAGGAGGCCUAUGCUAGUUCCAUUGCACCAUUACCCAGUUGUGAUCAAUGGGUAAAGAUUGACAUCGGUCAUCGUGUAUUACCUCCUAUUUUAAAUAGGCCAGCUGGAAGACCCCGAAACAAGCGAAUUAGAGCACCGGAUGAGAUGGCAAUUAGGAAAAGGCAUCGAUGCAAAAGAUGCAAUAAGUUAGGCCACCGUGCAAAAACAUGCAAGAACCCUGUCGAUGCGAAUCAACAGCCUGCUGCAGGACCAUCUCAAGCAGCGAAUCAACAACCUGCUGCACCCUUACUGAGCAUUAGGCGGCCUAUAGGACCACCACAAGUAGGUAAUGAGCACUCUAAAGCACCAAUUCUAGCAGGGAAUACGCACUCUGAACCACCAUCUCAAGCAAGUAUUAGCAGUGGCACAAGUUGUUUUGGUAUUGGUUUGAAACUUGAUGCAAUGUGUUGUGGAUGCAGUUGUUUUGGUAUUGGUUUGAAACUUGAAUAG